ACAGAGAGAGGCAGAUGUGGAUGACUCCGGAGGAGGACGGAGCACUCAACUGAGUUUCUUGGUUGAUUGAACCUGAGUGAUGCUGCUGCAGUGACACAGGGAGCAUUCUGCAAAUAAUGAGUUUUUCUAUUUCCUCUUGAAGAUCGACCAUACUGUGACCUCAGGACUCCACUGACCAUGGAGAACAACACCACCAUCCUUCAGGACGUCUCCCAGGUUCUGAAUCUGACAGAGAUGCCGCUGAACCCUCUUGAGGAGCAGGUCAUCACCAUCUUCCUGACGAUGCUCAUCUGUGGGGUUGGAAUCGCUGGAAACAUCAUGGUGGUGCUGGUGGUGCUGCGAACCAAACACAUGGUGACCCCCACCAACUGCUACCUGGUCAGUCUGGCUGUGGCAGACCUCAUUGUACUCCUGGCUGCCGGACUGCCCAAUAUCUCCGAUGUUGUCGCCUUCUGGAUUUACGGCUACACAGGAUGCUUGUGUAUAACUUACCUUCAGUACCUGGGCAUCAACGUGUCGUCCUGCUCCAUCAUGGCAUUCACCAUCGAGCGAUACAUCGCCAUUUGUCACUCCAUAAAGGCACAGUUCAUAUGCACAGUGUCCCGGGCCAAGAGGAUCAUAGCCAUGGUCUGGGUCUUCACCUCACUCUACUGCAUCAUGUGGUUCUUCCUGGUAAACACUGAUGAAACCGUCUACACCAACGGCGUCGUGGUCACCUGUGGCUACCGUGUCUCCAGGAGCCUCUACAUGCCCAUCUACUUCCUGGACUUCACUCUGUUCUACGUCAUCCCUCUCAUCGUGGCCAUGGUGCUUUAUGGGCUCAUCGCAAGGAUUCUGUUCAUGAGCCCCCUGCCCUCACACCUGAACGACAGAGCAGGAGGAGGGUCUGUUCACCAGGGUCACGCCAACAACAACGCCAAGGCCACCAAAGGAGCGAUGACGGCCAGGAAGCAGAUAACCAAGAUGCUGGCCGUGGUGGUCAUCCUCUUCGCCUUGCUCUGGAUGCCUUAUCGAACCCUAGUGGUGGUCAACUCCUUCAUCGACCCUCCUUACCAAAACACCUGGUUCCUGCUCUUCUGCCGGAUGUGCAUCUACACCAACAGCGCCAUCAACCCCAUCAUCUAUAACCUCAUGUCUCAGAAAUUUCGUGUUGCAUUUAAAAAGCUCUGCAAGUGCAAUGGGAAAGACAAGGAGAAGGCUGCAGAGUACAACAUGCCCAUAUAUUACAGUGUCAUGAAGGAUUCCUCCCAUGAGAGCAACGAGCCCAUCACCGAGCAGGAGGAAGUGAGCGGCCUGAGCAUCAAGAGGUUCACCUUAACACACGAUGACGCAAACACGUUGAGUAUUUCCUAAUAAAGCCUUUGUACAGUUGGAGGGGUUGACUCCAGAUUGUCCCUUACUUUUGGUCUUUCCUUUUUCUUGUCCAGUGGAGGAAGCAUUUGUUGUAUCUGUACAUUUUUUCAUUUGUUAUGGAUAGUUUUAUUUGUGCUGUGGACACUGUGGUAUUUUUUUUAUCAGUGCAGUAACUGUGUUGUGAAUAUACUAUGUGAAUGUAUUGAUCAAUAGUGGCUUUAAAAUAUGUUUCACUAAUAAUAACUGAGUCAAAAUAAAGUGUACUGUAAAAUGCUCUUGAACUGUAUAUUUAGACAAAUUGUUCAAAGGGUAA